UCCAGUCCAGUCCAAUCUCUGAAGGUCUCGAGUGCGUCCCCGAUUGCGGAAAAACGCCUGGCGGGAAGCUGACCAGGGCUUCAAAACUGGUAGAAAGUUUCACCGAUAACUCUCAGAAGGUCUCACAUGCUUCCCCGAUUGCGGAAAAACGCCUGGCGGGGAGCUGACCAGGGCUUCAUGCGGAAGGCCGCGCUCUGGCCCAAUAGCUUGGCCGAGCUCUGGCCCAACUCUCGGCCACAUAGGCGUUUUCCGCCGCCCCCGAUUGAUUCAUCAGAGGGGUGCCUGGCUUUGUGAAUGCCGCGCUAGGGUGUUGGGCCCCUGACAAGCCCGCGCCUCACCAGGCAGCCCAGCGCGACACUGCAGCCCAAGAACAAGAUCCAGGCACCAGCCAAGAUCAAGACUGCAAUUUGAAUUACUUCCCCUGGCUCGGUGGUGGCUGUGGUGUUUGAUGUGGCCGAACUCGUGCCCGUAUCAAUGGUCGUCGUGGCCGUCUUGGUGGUCGUCGCGGUGGUCGUCUCGGUGGUUGUCUUGAUGGUGGUCGUCUCAGUUGUUGUCGCGGUGGUCGUCUCAGUUGUUGUCGCGGUGGUCGUCUCAGUAGUAGUGCUUGACGUCGCGGAACUCGUGGCCGUCCUGGUGGUGGCGAUGGUGCCGUCGAACACGUACGCGGAGCCCACGUACGCGGAGCCAGAUUUGCUGGCCCCCACCACCACGCGGGCCCCGUCGGAGCUCACGGCCACCGAUCGUCCGAAUUGCUCGUCCGCGGCCCCAUCACUCGCCACAAGCUUGAGCAGCCUCGCGCCGGUGGUACCGUCGAACACGUACACGGAGCCAGAGCUUCUGUACUCUUCGUAGUCAUAGUAGGCCCCCCUUUACCACCACGCGGGCCCCGUCGGAGGUCACGGCCACCGAGAGUCCGAAAAGGUCUUCCUCGGCCCCAUCACUCGCCACAAGCUUGAGCAGCCUCGCGCCGGUGGUACCGUCGAACACCUGCACGGAGCCAGAGUUGCUGCCCUGGUCGUCGUCAUAGUAGGCCCCCACCACCACGCGGGCCCCGUCGGAGCUCACGGCCACCGAGAGUCCGAAACGCUUUUCCUCGGCCCCAUCACUCGCCACAAGCUUGAGCAGCCUCGCGCCGGUGGUACCGUCGAACACGUGCACGGAGCCAGAGUUUCUGCCCUGGUCGUCGUCAUAGUAGGCCCCCACCACCACGCGGGCCCCGUCGGAGGUCACGGCCACCGAGAAUCCGAAAAGGUCUGUCUCGGCCCCAUCACUCGCCACAAGCUUGAGCAGCCUCGCGCCGGUGGUACCGUCGAACACGUGCACGGAGCCAGAUUUGCUGCCCUGGUCGUCGUCAUAGUAUGCCCCCACCACCACGCGGGCCCCGUCGGAGCUCACGGCCACCGAGAGUCCGAAAAAGUCCAUUGGGGCCCCAUCACUCGCCACAAGCUUGAGCAGCCUCGCGCCGGUGGUACCGUCGAACACGUGCACGGAGCCAGCGUUCCAGGAGGCCCUGGAGGCCCCCACCACCACGCGGGCCCCGUCGGAGGUCACGGCCACCGAGAACCCGAAAUAGUCACCCUCGUCCGUAUCACUCGCCAAGAGCUUGAGCAGCCUCGCGCCGGUGGUACCGUCGAACACCUGCACGGAGCCAGAGUUGCUGCCCUGGUCGUCGUCGAGGGGGGCCCCCACCACCACGCGGGCCCCGUCGGAGCUCACGGCCACCGAUCGUCCGAAAUAGUCGAAUGCGGCCCCAUCACUCGCCAAGAGCUUGAGCAACAACUGCGCGCCGCUGGUAGCCUGGCGCCUCCCGAACUCGGCCUGCGGCUCGCGAGGGCGACCGCUCGCCGAGGCCUCCAGCCUCGGGCGGGCCAGCGUCCCGCUCGCCGGCGACCCGGCACUCGGGGCGCCGCGCGCUGCCAGCAGCAGGAGCAGCGCGCCAACGCUGUGAGACGUGCGCAGGCGCAUCAUGCCGUCUGCAGAUGUGCACAGCUCAAAAAAUGAGAGGAACGAGAGACGCCCGAGUGGAGCCCUAGGAGGCCGGCGACGGCCCCUCGGAACCUUGAGCCAAAAUCUUCGGACCUUCCGCUUUUGGUAUUGGUUCUUUUUCCAGAAGAACUCCCCCUGGCGCUUCGGCCC